UUAUACAAUUUUGUAAAUAAGUGAUUUUUCUCCUUCACUGAUGUGCGCUUAUGAGGCUGCAGUGAAGGGCACUGAUAGGCUGCACUGAUGGACACUGAUAGGUGGCACUGAUUGGCAGCACUGAUAGGUGCCACUGAUGGGCAUUUAUAGGUGGCACCGACUGGCACUGAUGGUUGACAUUGAAAGGCAGCUCAGAUGGGCACUGAUAUGUGGCAUUGAUGUGCACUGGUAUGCACUGAUACGUGGCAUUUAUGUGGAACUGAUGGGCACUGGUAAGUGGGACUGAUGCGCACUGGCACAUGGCACUGAUGAGCACUGACAGGUGGC